CCCCAUUCAUACAGACACACGUUGUGAGUUUGCUAUAUAAAGGCCACCCUUGCAUCCUCCAUAGCUACAUAACUUCGUUUCUUGAACCAUAUUCUCACAUGGAGAGGAAAAUAAACGAGAGGAAACGUGUAUUUUCCCUCCAUCCAAACAGGAACCCUACAGCGGCUUUCACUAGAAAAUACGCAAACUGCUUAGUCCCGGCUCUCAAGAAGAUGGCCAUGAACAAGCCCUCUUCUGGAGACAACGGUCUCCGGCACAAGAUCGGACAAAACGUGAAGCAUGAAGUCGACGCGGCAUUGGACUUGCCUGCUCAAGAAUUCGCUUGGACCCGUUUCUUGCGACGGAAGUUAUCAUUCCCAGAUCACACCACGCGUAGUUUUUGGAGCCCUGAGCAAACCCUAGGAGAUGCCGAGACGAAGCUUCUAGAAAGUUCCGAGAAACGAGGAGGAGAAGAAGAAGAAGAAGAAGAGAUAAGGAAGAGGGUGGAGGAACUGAAGAGGCUUCUUCCGGGAGGAGAAGAAAUGGGUGUGGAAGAAACGCUAAGUGAGAUUGGGAGUUACAUCCUCCGUCUUGAGUUGCAGAUUCUUGUUCUUAAAUCUCUUGUCGAUGAUAUCUGAUUUUGUGUUUCUUUUUUCUUUUUCCUUGGGUUUGAUUUUAUAUGUUGCCAUUACAAGCUUAAUUUAUGUAUUAGCAACUUUUUUCAAGGAGGGGAAAAGACCGAAUUUGUAAUUUUUUUGUGUUGCCUAAGCGUAUCUUUCAUGUUGUCCUUUUGUGACCAAAAGCUUUAUUUGUUGCAUGCA